UGUUUUAAACAAUACAAUGUGAGUAUAACAUGACAUUUUAGAGGGGCCAAGAUGCUUACCACUUAUGACUUGUUCCAGCAAUGUUUUCUCUUUUCAGACGAAGAUCGGUGUAUAAAGAAAUGGCACUAAUAUGAAAGAUAGAACUUGAUUGAAAUCGUGAUGAUUUCCUAGUUUCUCUUUCUGCAGGUGAAGUUGACGAUAACAUUGGACUUUGGAUCAGAUACGUAUGUUAAUUCCUAGAAGAUUCCUUUUACACGUUUGGCAAAUUGAACAGAUCUCGUGGAGAGUGGGGCUGAAGGCGUUUAUACAAAAGAGAAGAAAGAUAGCUUCAAAAGGAUAAAGGAAAAAGAUACGUCUCUUUUAGAUUUCAUUGCUGUUUAUGAAGAUUCUAUUAAAUGACUCAAACUACAGUACUUGAAAAAGUUUAAUUUACGCACAAUUGAGAAUGAUAGGUAUGUAUAUGGACUGAUAUGGUUAAUGAGAGAAUGAAUGGCGAUCAUUUCAAUUUCAACCAUCGGAGAGUACCGUAUCUAAUCGGAAGAAAUGCAUCCAAUUGAUCCAAUCACAUCCGGUAAAUUGUUGCCCGCCGUUUUGAAAUUUUACGAUUAAUAACCGUUAAAAUUUUCGCUCUUCUGUUGCCCUUUGUAAACACGACUAGUGCUCGCAAAAUCGUUUGAAAUUUUGACAAAAUACCAAGUUUAUGGUAUCGAUAUGUCUAGAAAAGGAAAAAAAGUUGGUUUUGAUGUAGGGGACGCAGUUAUGGCCCGAUGGCCGGGCAGUAAGCUUUGGUACGAAGCUGUUGUUUUAUCGACAAAUUAUGAAGAAGAUGUAUUUCAAAUUAGAUUUCCAGAUGGGCAGGAAAAUGAAGUUCCUUACUCGCACAUAGCGAAACCAUCCCGGUUCAGAGCUCGUUCAUCUUCACCAAGCCGAAAGCGUAAAACAUCACCUGGAAGACGUAGACGAUCUAGAUCAAAAUCUCCAUCUAGGAAGAAAGAAAUUUCACCUAAGAUACAAUCUCUCAUAAGAUCUCCAGGACGUCCAAAACCUGUUUCAUCACAAAAGAAAUUGACAGCUAGUGACUUAGAUGAAAAACCAAGUGUGAAUGAUGGAACUACCACCAUAACUACUGAAGACAAAGAUAUCAGCAAGCUCUACAUUGGUAAACAAUUUGAACCCAUAGUUACAAGAUCUGCCCUAAAGCAGCUUGAAAAGCAUGGUGUUGAUGCACAAGGUCUACUAAAGGGUCUUGGGGAAGAGCUUAGUGAAAGGGAACCCCAUGUGAAACCAGGCUAUGCUUUUGGAGGACCUAUUGGUGUGUUUAUUUUGAUGGUGUUUCUUCCUUGUGUUCUCUUUGGCACAUAUCUUUAUUGCUAUGAGAGAAAAUGUUAUUAUAUUGCUGGGAUUUUGCUGAAUCCUAAGAAGAAGCUGCCUUCCAUGAUUGAAUUCCUUGACCCCAGAGCUGCAGGUCUAGUUUAUGGUUGGGUUUUAUUUCAAGCUUUCUUGAGCAUUUUACCUUUAGGAAAGGUGGUGGAAGGACGUCCUUUGCACAAUGGUAGUCGACUGAAGUAUCGUCUUAAUGGUCUUUAUGCUCUGUUCAUCAGUGUAGCCACAUUUUGGGCAGGCUUUUAUUUCAAACUUCCCAUCGCACAAUUUAUCCGUGACAAAUUCCUUGCUCUUAUGACGCAUGCACUGUUGCUAUCAUUGGCUGUUAGCAUCUAUCUACUUAUUAAGAGUUCUAUAGAGAAUACUGGACUGUCAACGCUUGGUAACACAGGAAACCUAAUUUAUGACUUCUUUAUGGGGCGACAGUUAAACCCUCGAAUUGGAAACUUGGAUUUAAAGUUUUUUUGUGAAAUGCGUCCUGGACUCAUUGCUGUGGUCAUAAUUGAUUUUUCAAUUAUGUUGUAUUCUCAAAUGGACUCAGAAAAAAUCAAUGGCACUCUUCUUCUUUUCUGCAUUUUUCAUUUUAUUUAUGUAGCAGAUGCUCUUUGGUUUGAAGCUGCAAUCCUAUCAAGUCCAGAUAUUACAACUGAAGGAUUUGGUUUUAUGUUUGCGUUUGGUGGUCUUGUAUGGGUUCCCUUUAUCUUCUCGCUGCAAUCUCGAUACAUUGCUCAACAAAAUUACACAAUUUCCCCAUAUCUUGUUGUAUUUGUCUGUAUCUUGAACACUAUUGGAUUUGUUGUUUAUCGCGUGGCAAACCUGCAGAAAGAUCUUUUCCGUCGAAAUUCAAAUCAUCCUGCUGUAGAACAUCUGGAAUCCAUGGUAACAAACGUACCUGGUUAUCGUCUCCUUAUUACUGGUUGGUGGGGCUAUGUACGUCAUCCAAAUUAUCUUGGUGAUAUUAUUAUGGCAAUCGCUUGGUCCUUAACUUGUGGUUUUAGUCACUUCGUGCCAUAUGUUUAUCCUGUCUACCUUACGAUUCGAUUGCUUUAUCGUAUUUAUCGUUUUGAAGCUCUGUGUCGUGUGAAGUACGGUGCCUCUUGGGAUGAAUAUUGUCUUCGUGUGCCGUAUCGUCUUAUUCCAAAUAUCUUUUAAACGCUCGUUGUAUGAUCAUAUUGAAAAGAUAUCCUCUCUAAAAAACAUCACUAAAAUGUUUUAUGUCUUUUCAAAGACCAACACUGAACGUAUCCGAGAUUUUAUCUCUGUAUCUUUUACGUGUGAAAUGUGGUUUUACUAUGAGAUUCUCCAACUCUGGCAUACAUCAAUCGUACUUGAGAAUCAAAAGACGAUGAAUAUAUAUAUGAUCAUUGGGAUAUUGUUCUCUGGGAUUUUAACAAGGAUUUUAUUUAAUUUGUGUACAUACUAGCAGUAAAUUAGAAUGGAUGUUUUUAAUUUUUUUAUCUCUACAAGACUACAACCACCAUAAUGUACAAAUAGAUAAUGAUUUCUCCAUUAGAAAGUAAGUUUUAAAUCGUCACUUCGCGUAAUAAAAUAUACAUGUAACGAA